AUGCGUGCGACAAUUCUUCUACUUUUUUGCGUGGCCAUAGCCCAUACAAAGCAUCAUCUGCAUCCAAGAGUACCGAUCAUCAACCUUCACGGAGCCGAACUGCUCACAGCGUCGGUCCGCGAGGACGAAAACGUACUGACGACGGUGCCUGAGCUAUCGAUUGUUGAUGAGACCGGUCCCGUUUGCUCGUACGAGCUGACGAAUGGUGGUGGCGGCGCUGUGCCAUUCGAAGUGCAGCUCGUUGACAAAUAUACCGGAGCCGCCGUCAUACGGGUUAAGGAUGCUCUUGCGUUGGAUUGCAAGACUCCAGAGUACAAUCUGACCGUGACCGCCAUUCGCUGUGGGACGGAGGGCGUCCAUUCCGAGGGGGUGCCGCUACGCAUCACGGUUCGUGACACCAACAAUCAUGCGCCCGAAUUCGAGCAACCCUGGUACACGUUUUCGGUUGAUGAAGCCCGUAUCCACAAGGAAAUCGCGCAAUUAACGGCUACGGACGCGGACUGUGGACAUCCCUUUGGUGAAGUCUGCGAAUAUGAAAUCACCAACGGACUCGACAAUUUCCCGUUCGCAAUCUCGAAUCAGGGAGUACUACGGAACACUCGCCCCCUCAACUACACUCAAGCCAAAUCAUACAUCCUCACGGUGGUAGCUCAUGAUUGUGGGAUGAAGCGGAGCAAGAGUGCCCUCAUCACCAUCAAUGUCAAGGAAGCGUGCGUGGAGGGUGUUAGCAACGUGCCUGAACGGAUCAGCUAUGCGCCAGGCAGUGGGGCAAAGACACUAUUUGCUGACGCACAGGCACAUUCAUGUCAACAGCGCUCGGAAUGUGAAAUUGUGGGCGCGGAGGCGAUGGUCGAGCUGAAGAUGGCCCAUGUCAACGGUGGUUGUUCUCGCCAGAAUGUCUUCGGGGCUGACAAUGUUAAAAAUUGCGGUCUUUCGCCGGCUCAUGUGGAUCUUCUUGGCGAAACGACUUCCGGCUCCGCGGAAGCAUCGUCUUCGUCCGAAUCCAACGAGGAGAAUGAGGUUGCCGAGGCCGGAGAAGGACAAUCCUUCGACGGACACACCAAUGCAAUAAUCGUGCCCGCCCAUGCUAUCAAGGGGCUUAUCCCGGAGAAAUUUACGCUGUCUUUCUCCAUGAAGCAUGAACGAGGCGAUAAGGAGCAGCAGAACAAUAAACAGAACAUUCUCUGCGAGACGGACGAUUUCACCCUCAACCGCCACCACUUUUCCGUGUAUAUACGUCAUUGUAAACUGGAGGUCGUCUUCCGCCGAGAGUAUGGCGCCGCGCCGGAAUUCCGGGCUGCCGAAUGGCGAUGGGCCCUUCCGGAGGUCUGCGAUGGCGCGUGGCACUCGUACACGGUGUUGUUCAACGGCGUCGACGACGUGAAUGUGAUGGUUGAUGGAAAGGGAAACCGCCAUGACGAGCGAAACCCGGAGAUUCUGGAUGACUGGCCGCUACAUCAGACGAAGCAACAAACGACGCGCCUCGUCGUUGGGGCGUGCUGGCAUGGCAGACAACAGCAGAUGGCGCAGUUCUUCCAAGGCCGUCUUUCGAAUAUGCGCCUCCUCGUCGGACAGGCCGAGUCGGAAGAAGCACUAACCUGCGCGCAUCGAUGCCCCGAACAGCUGGCCUUCAGCGGCUCCGACGAAUUGACCGAUGGGGAGGCGACCAUCUUGAAUGCUGAGCAGUCGUCAUUGCACCUCAACGCUUCAUCGACGGCUUCGCUGAGCCGUAUGCUGCAGCGCGUUGCCUAUGUGAAUAGCCGAGAGCAGCCACUGCAAGGCCAUCGUCAAAUUACCGUUUCCCCGGCCGUGGUCUGUGCUCAGGGCAAAAAGGUCGACCUACCCAGCUAUAAGUCGUAUCUGUUCGUGCAAAAACCUGCCGAACCUGAGAUCUCCAUCUCCGGGGAUGCCCUCACCACCGCCGAUCAACAUGCCUUGAAGGUUGGUACCUCGAUGCUACCAAACAUCAAGAUCACGGUCAGCCAGACGGGCCCUGACGGAGAGGUUGGCGAGGCAACAAGCGCUAGCACACUAGAUUGGUGCAAGGUUCAUCUAAAGCCUUCACGCGAUAUGGACCUCGAAUACUUCUCAUCGCCGGCCAGCAUCAUUGCCGGCAUGCGCAUCGACUUUGAGCACGACAAGGAGGGCAUCCUUCUACGCGGCGAGGAAUCCGUGAAGGGCUACCUGGAUGUGCUGAGCAAGAUUCACUACUUCAACACCCGCCCGGAGAGCUACAGCAAACGCAUCUACAGCGUGCAGUGCGCGAUGCAAAAAGGGCGCAUCCUAUCGAAUGAAUUCAUCAUUACGAUGUCCGUGACGCCGGCCCAGGUGCCGUUGCCAACCGACGCCCCGGUGACUGCUCCUCCGCUUGAUGUACUCGAGAAGCAUUUCGAGCCGGCGUUCGACCAGCUCGGCUCGUCUCGUCUUCAAAAUAUACUGGAAAUGGAUUUGCCACGACCGAAGGCUCUCCUCUCUCACCAUGGAUAUGAUAUGGGACAAGGCGCCGUUGCUGGCGGUGCCGUGGCGGUGGUGGUGGUCGUUUGCGUUGGAUUCCUGCUGGUACUGCUAGUGAUUGGCGUAUUAAAGAUGCGUGACGCCCCGGUCCCAAAGCGUCAUAAUCGACGUCAGAAGAAGAGCGUGCAAGAAGCGAGCAUGGCAUGGGAUGACGAAGGAAUGAACAUUACCGUCAAUCCAAUGGAAGACGUCGAGAAGAAUGGGACGGCUGAGGAAUUCUCGGAUGACGAUGACACUGAUCAGGAUAGCGAGUGCUCUUUUCACGAGGACGAGGAGAUGAGUGAGGACGAUGACGCCGAGGCAGAGGUGUUGCCACACACGGAGAACCGCGGGCAGAACGGACUCGAGUGGGACGACGAAACAAUCGCAACUACGCGAUCAUACAGGGUC